AUGGCGGAAAACUUUUCGGAGAUCAUUCUUGGAGAAAGAAGAAAAAGCACUUUGAAGAGAAUCGCUUCACUUCUCGAUCGAGAACUACGAGCAAUCUAUAACAAGAAACAAUCGACAGCUGUAUCUAGAGAACUGACAAACAUCGAAUUUGUUGAGUUCUUGUAUUACAAGAUUAAUGAGGCUUUGAACUCGGCUGAGGGUAGUGGUGGUCGAGGAUUUCAUCGAUUGGCUGGUUAUCUUCAAAAGAGCAAAGAUAAACAAGGUUUAAGCCAUAGUUCAUUGGUUAUUCCAUUGAGUGAUCCUCUUCUUUCCACUGAGUCAACGUCACCUGGUUGCUUUGAAGAUCGCAAUGAUGAUUAUGAUAAAAGUACCGACAAUGGCGACAGUGCUCAAACCACGAGCUUUUUGGGCAAUCCACCAUCAACAUCUGGCUCCGAAACGUACACCCUUGAAGCAGUAAAGAUGGAAUCAUACCCGGAGACGGUGUUGCCCCCAAAACUCGGGAUUGGGUUUAAAGAAGAGCACCUAAUUCGUCAAAGCACUGUCAUCGACGACCCUGAUCCAAGCCUAUCAAUUUGCCAAGCUCUUUACGAUUUCAAUGGAACACAUCAAGAAGAACUUUCGAUUAAAGCCGGUGAAAAUUUGAUUGUCGAGAGUCGAUUAGGAGAUGAUUGGUUGGUUGGAAGAGCGAUGGAUGGGAUUGAGGAGAGGAAAGGACGAUUUCCCACCAUUUAUGUCACAUUUCUUACUUCAUCACCCACUUUA